CCAGCCCUGUGCCAGCGCCCUGAGCCGCCGCCCCGGGCUCCGCGCCGACCACCCAGCCCCGCUGUGCGCGCCCUCCUGACGCAGUGUCCACGGCACAGAAGGCAGGAUGGAUUGGGGUGCGCUACAGACUAUCCUGGGAGGCGUCAACAAGCACUCCACCAGCAUUGGGAAGAUCUGGCUCACCGUCCUCUUCAUUUUCCGUAUCAUGAUCCUGGUGGUAGCUGCAAAGGAAGUGUGGGGAGAUGAACAAGCCGAUUUCAUCUGCAACACCCUCCAGCCUGGCUGCAAAAAUGUGUGCUACGACCAUCACUUUCCCAUCUCCCACAUCCGGCUGUGGGCCCUGCAGCUGAUCUUCGUGUCCACGCCAGCGCUUCUGGUGGCCAUGCAUGUGGCUUACCGGAGACACGAGAAGAAAAGGAAGUUCAUAAAGGGAGAGAUCAAGAAUGAAUACAAGGACAUUGAGGAGAUCAAAACCCAGAAGGUCCGCAUUGAAGGGUCCCUGUGGUGGACCUACACCAGCAGUGUCUUCUUCCGGGUCAUCUUUGAAGCUGUCUUCAUGUAUGUCUUUUACGUCAUGUACAAUGGCUUCUUCAUGCAACGUCUGGUGAAAUGUAACGCCUGGCCCUGCCCCAAUACGGUGGAUUGCUUUAUCUCCAGACCCACAGAAAAGACUGUCUUUACUAUAUUCAUGAUUGCCGUGUCUGGAAUUUGCAUUCUGCUCAAUAUCACAGAAUUGUGUUAUUUGUUCAUUAGAUAUUGUUCAGGAAAGUCCAGAAAGCCAGUUUAAUAUCUUGCCAGGCUCUCAGCUAAAAGAUUGCAUGAAAAGAUAAGGGAACUUGGGCUAAGCUAUCAAAGCUCAGUCACCAGCAUUUCCCAAGACAAAGAUUCUCAUCUUAAAUGCAACCAUUUCAAAGUCCCGUGGACCUCACAUGAAUCACCAGAUGUCUCCAUGGGGCUCCUUUCCACAAAACUCCAGAACAAAGGCUUCAUUCAAUGCCUGUAUUAGUCUCUAUCAAGUUAGUUCCACCAACCCCUGUGCUGGUGGGGGUUAUUCCUGUAAGAUACUUUCAUAUUUUAAGUACAAGGCCUUAGCAUUUCUCUCUCUCUCUCUCUCUCUCUCUCUCUCUCUCUCUCUCUCUCUCUCUGUCUCUCUCUCUCCAAGAGAGAAAGGCUCUGGUACUAAAGAGGAUGCUGAGCAAGUUCAAGUGCCUCCUUUGGGCUGCCCUUUGCCAAGUCUCUCCAAUCUAAACAGAGAGAAUGAUGUUUCUUUUAUUUGCUUUGAAAGUUUUAAUCUGUAACAAUGGACCUAAUGCUUCAAGCUCGGCUGUACUUUUUUUUUUAAUGAAAUCUUUAAAAUAGAUUCUUUUGAUCACAAGAUGUUCUAGAAACCCUUAUACAUUAUUCUUAUCUCAAAGGCUCAGAAUGUGAUAUGUAAAUAACGUGUAAUUAGAUCUUCUAACUUAAUAUAAAAGAUGGCCCCUUGGUUACUAGAAUUGCCCAUGUGGUUGAAAGGCAGCCCACUGUAUUAAUUGUGACGUGUUGUAUGCAAAAUGUUACAGCC